CGUCAGGCUUCGCACAUGGAAUUGCGAAGCACUUGCGCUUUUGCGUUCCAGCCAGCCGAGCUCACGGACGCGCGAGGAGAGCCGCCGCUCAUCGGUGCUGCGCACAGGCUGAGGGCUAUAUUCCGACACCCCACUGCAGAGGUUUUACUUUUAUAAGUUGGCUUUUUUAUUUUUUUUAUUUCGUUUCUUCAGAAAGACUGAUCUCUCCUUUACGCAAUGGAGAAGAUGUCUCGACCUCUUCCUAUAAACCCAACUUUCCUACCUCCGACCCACGGCGUCCUGAAAUCCCUGCUGGAGAACCCCAUGAAGCUGCCCUUUCACCACGAUGAAGGGUUUGGGAAAAACAAAGAGAAGGAGAAGAAGUUGGAAGAGGACGUAAACACUCUCAGUGCCCCUCAGUCCGCCUUCUUGGGGCCAACGCUGUGGGACAAGACCCUGCCGUACGAUGGGGACAACUUCCAGCUAGAGUAUAUGGACUUAGAGGAGUUUCUGUUGGAGAACAAUAUUCCUGCCAACCCUGGGAGCGAGCAGAGCCAGCCUUCCCAGCAGCCCCUGCAGCAGCAGCAGCCCCCCUCCGCCCCGCCUACACCUUCAGUGGUGGAUCUCAGUAACCGGACGGCCACGUCUGUUCACUCCGGGAUCGUGAGCCAGAGCUGCCUCCAGAGUCCCAGCAGAGCAGUUCUCCCUUCACGUGAUACGCCCAGUCCAAUAGAUCCGGACUCCAUCCAGGUUCCGAUCGGGUACGAGCCCGACCCCGCCGACCUCGCCCUCUCCAGUGUCCCGGGACAGGAAAUCUUCGACCCACGCAAACGCAAAUUCUCAGCAGAGGAGCUGAAGCCACAGCCCAUGAUCAAGAAAGCACGCAAGGUCUUCAUUCCAGAGGACUUGAAGGAUGACAGAUAUUGGGUACGGCGCAGAAAGAACAACAUCGCGGCCAAACGCUCCCGUGAUGCUCGCCGGCUGAAAGAGAACCAGAUCGCCAUCCGCGCCGGAUUCCUGGAGAAAGAGAACACGGCGCUCCGACAGGAAGUGGCCGACCUGCGGAAGGAACUCGGCCGCUGUAAGAACGUUCUGGCCAAAUACGAGGCACGGCACGGCCCUCUGUGAGCCCCUCCCACCUCCACAAACCCUGCCCACAUACACAAACGGGACUUCUGCAGCACCUCUUCAAGAAGCGGCGAAUUCUCUCUCUUUUUUGUUCAUGUUUCUCUUAACACUUUUCUCUUUACAAACCCAGUUUGUUCAUAAAAAAAAAAUCCUUGUGUACUUUCGCACAUUCACUUUUCUCUCUUUCCUUUUAUUUGUUUUGUUUGUCCAUGUAUUCCUUCAACAACGAUGGAUCGUUUGUCUGGAAAUGGGUUUCUCUUGAGUGUUUUAUACACCUGUAACACGGACUGAUAAAUAUUUUCCUUGCCGCACACCCUCCUGUCUGUCAAUCAUCCGCUUGCCCCGCCCCCUCUUCUCAGAAGCCCCGCCCACUUCCUGUUGCUAGAGCUUCUUUAUAAUGUGUAUAUUAAUGUAUUUUAGUUAUAUAGCUGUAACACAGCGACACCUUUCGUUCUGUGAAGUGUGUAUAACACUAGCUAGCGUCAGAACAUGAUGUUUGUUUCAUUCUUUUCCUAUUCUGUGAGUUUUUGUUUGUUUUAUUUCAUCAUUAAUUUUAAACCAACACCAGCGUAGUUUUUUUUGCGUCUUUCCUGCUUUGUCCAAGGAGCAAUAAGCCUGAAACUCCUCAGAGGGCAAAACACAUGAAAUGUAAGCUAAAGUUUCUGCAAAGCCUGUGCAUAGCACCAUCAUUUCUGCUGUAGUGCGGAAACUUUCCCUCCAGAAAUGCUGAAUAUUUUUUAUUUGUCUGUUUCUCUGCCUGCACUAAUGCGUGUUUCACAAUCUGAUCUGGGGCAAUGUUUCUACCUACAAUAUAAUCUGCCUGAUAUAUUUAUGGACUUUUUCUUCUCUUUUUCUCUUUUUUUUAUUUUAUUUUUUUCUAUUUUUUUUUUUUUCAAAAAUAUUCAGCUGUUAAUAACUAAUAUUGUUAUAGCUGUUCUUAUUGUCAUGGCUGUAUAGUAAUUUUUCCUGAUUGUUAAUUGUUUUAUUGGAUAUUUCAGCAUGAAUAUUGUUUUAAAGCUGCAGCCUAAAGCUAAUUGUAAAUUGGUCUUUUUGUUUUCUUAUUUUUACCCAGAGCAUGUUUUAAAAUCUUCAUUUGUUUUUAACCCCGUACAAACCGAUAUUUGUAGUGAUUUCUGUUCUUUCCUUCUGUUCUGCAGCUCGGCGUGACUGUCGGCUGUAUGACUGGAACGAAUGUGUUUUAGGAGGUUUUGAGGCGUUCGUUGAGCAGGACGGUGUUGUCUCAAAUACUGUGGUUGAAACCCAAUCAAUUUGUUUACUGCAGACCAAAAGAUACAGCACACAGAUUUAUUGAUAAAACAGAGUUUUAAUGUUUAUAUAUAUAUAUAUAAUAUGAAAUCUAUUCUAUAAGCUGUUUUGUACAGUAUUUUUCCUAUAUAAUACUGUCUGAAUAUUUUCAAGGCACAACAAAUCCAGAGUAGUGCAAGAGAAAUAUAUGAUAGCAUACUUUAUAUAUCUAUUAUUCAGAGCUAAGUGACGUAGUGUUUUGAUAUAUUAUGAAGUAUAAUACGGGGAGUAAAUGGAAACCCGUCAUCAUGUCCUCUAUUUUGGGCAUUAAAAACCUUCUGCACCCUUGUAUUCAGAUAGCCUUUAGUAUUCUGUCUCAGGAAACGCUAGCAGCCGGACCUCAAACCAUAACUCAUUAUAAGGAUUGAAUAUUUAUAUAUUGCUGUACAUCAGUAGUUUUUGCUUUAGUUUUUUUCAAUAGGAAGGAGCUAAAUUUUCUCAAUCUUACUCACACUCUUGAUGCUGUGUAAUGGGUUUCAUUGCAGAUCAUUUUACAGUAUUGCUCUUGGUUCUUUGAAUGGAAAUCUAAAGGCUAUGCUUUUUUUAGUUAAUAUGAGAGUGUUUUUCACAGCAGAGUGUUGAUAUUGAAUGUUUACUGCGGCAGCUCCGAGAGCUUUGGCUUGGUUGAAUGUUAAAAACAUGUCUUGUUGUGUCACUGGGUUGGUCUCGAAGGUCCUGUAAAAGUUUUUCUGAUCUGAGAUCAUUAUAUUCUUCUGUUUAUUCUAUUGAAAGAUGCAGGGUUUAAAGCCGGGAUGGCAGAUCUCAGGUCAGAAGUUGCGUCUGAUGCGCUGGUGACCUCACUGCAGACAGUAAAAGUCCUCGACUGCCCCGGUUGAGAUGUGCACAGAUCUGUAUUAUUGAGGAUUGAUGGGGAUGAAAUGAUGCUGUUUCUUUUAAUUUCCCCUCAUGUCUGUUUGUGGUCUAAAUGCAGAUGUGAGAUGCGUGUAAAAAGCCCUGUGUAGACUGUUUCUAUCUGUACAAAACCGAAAUAAAUCCAGGGUUAAGACAAA